UUUAAUUCGACGCAAUUAGCCAAUGGGAGGGCCACCUCGUCCGUGCGGUAUCGUACGUAUUAACAUAUACAUGCACACAUCGAUGCAGUUUUGAGAUAGAGCUAGAAUUUAGCGCGAACGAUUCACGCAUUUACGAGUAUCGGGCGCGUCAUAUUUUGGUCCCUUUUUGCGGGCUUCGCGCUUUGCCUGUUUCCAUUUGCAAUGGCGGUUGGAUCCCGCCAUCGUCGCGAGUGCGUUUGAUCGUCGAGAAGCGGGAAGCGAGUCCGAGCGAUACGGCAACCGCGCGAAAUAUCGCCGAUCGUCAUUCGUUGAGCGGUGCUAUCAGCCUUGGCGUCGAUUUCAGGCCCGCUGUUGACGUUAAAUUGCCUUCUGCCAUAGUCACGUGAAGGAGCGAACUUAAGGUUACUGACGGUGAUGUGCGGAAAGCCGCCGUAUCCGCGUAUCUCGGACCGUUAUUGAGGCUUCUUAGGAUAUCCCAAAUUACCUCGACUCCCCGCGAGACGACGAUGUCGGAAAAGUCAAACAUGGCCGAGCGCUGUCGCAUCUGCCUCAGCGAUCACGGUUGCAUGACCGAUAUGCACGACGAGAUUGUGGAGGCCAAGCUCAAGGACCUGACCAAGUGCACCUGUAUCGAUGUCAAGUACGAGGAGAAUCUACCCAGUGUCGUAUGCCAUGUAUGCUUGUAUAAGCUGGAUAUGUGGAGCGAGUUCAAGGAACAAUUUAUACAAUCCAAUAAGAUUCUUUUGGAACAAUUAGAAAUAUCGGAAAUGUCUGAUAUUUCUGGUUCUGUUAAGGAUUCUCAUAAGGAUGAAACAGCGACAGAAAAUAUGAAAAGGAAACAUUUGAAUAGAAGCGAAGAUAGCAUUUCUGAUAAUGAGAAGAAAAAGUCUAAAGCAGAUGUAUCUUCAUCAGAGCUCAUAAAUGUUGAUCGUGAUACUGGCCAGAUUAUAUUAGAUGUAAUAAGUUUAUCAGAUGAUGAGGAUAAAAUUGAAGGACCAACUUUGUCGAAGGAGUCCUCUCGCAAAGUUGAUUCUGAUAACAGUAAAAAAACUGCAGAAAAUGGCAGUAAGGAAGUACAUACAGAAAGUAAAACUUCAGGGCCAAUGAGAACUAGAUUAUUACCUCCGAGACGCGGCAGAAAUAUCGAGCGAAGGAAGGCAUCCACAAAGCGUUGGGUAGAGAGAAAAAAAGCGCUCUUGGCCGCGACAGGUGAGAAUAUAUCUGACACAGAUUCCAUAAUUUCCGAUGACACACAAUUAUCACCUGUACAAAAGGCACGAGCGAAAAAUAACGCGGAUAAGGAGGCGGAAAGACAAAAGAGGAUCGCAAAAGUGCUAAAAAAUCUAGAAAUGAAUCUUACAGAGAAAUAUAGUGCGAUUCGUGACAGAGACACAGACUCUGACACACGCAGAACGAGAUUGAGUUUACAAUCGACAAGACAAGACAUAGUAAGACAAGAUAAGACAAAUUCAUUGAGCCCAACUUAUAAGAAAAACGUUGAGAAAAAUAUAUCCUCUUUAGAAAGUUCAAUAGAACAGGAGAAUUCUCCAGUUUUGUUAGAAAAUAAUAUUACGACGGACGUAAAGAAACCCGAAUCACAAGUUGACGAUGAGCCAUUUACGCCGUGCACGUUGAAAUCUGAGCUUGUAAUCGGUGAUGUUACAUAUGCUGUGACAUCAAUGUUGAUUGCCGCGGAUAAAGAAAGCUCGAAUAAUAUAACGAAGGAUUCUGGGAAUUCUAAUGUCGAUGACAAUCGGGAAAAAAAUACUGAUAUUAUCGACGCGGUUCAAUUGCGUAGAGUAAAUAAUCCCAUAAUGCUUGAUGCAAAUAUCAAAUUAGAUAACAAAUCUGUUGAGAGAUGUUUAAAUAUUGAGGUAGAAGGUAAUCAAUUAUCAAUUUUGAAACGUGUACAAGUUGAAUUGGCAGAUUUUGUUAAGAAGGAAAUGAAGCACAGGAUAUUUGGCACAAAUGAUAGCGUUGCGAAAACAUUAUUCCCCGAUAAAUUGGACGACGUCAGCGCGGUUUCUCGUCAAAAGCUCGAUCAGAAAUUGAAAGGUAUAAUCGAAAGAUCUAUAAAGAAGAAUAUCGAGACCUCCAUCAGAAAUGCAGAUGACACGUGCGGGUUCACAAAGGUUUCGCCAACAUUUACGAAAGCGGCUAUGAAUUUACCCAAAUAUCAACCGAAGGUUGUAAUUAAACGUUUAGAUAUACCAAAAGAGAGUAAACUCUAUAAGAUCAAUAACCUUCACGUUUUAAAACAGGCCGCAUCAAGAGGGAGCAGUCACGGCGGAUCCAUCAACCUAAUUUCUCGUAAACGUCAAAUUGUACCACCAAUAAGGUACAACGACUACAAUACUUCUGCGUUGGAAUCCGAUUCCGAAAAUUCGAGCAACAUGAUCUCCCCCAAAGCAGCAUCCAAAACUUCGCCUGAACACGCAAGAACACACGGAAAUUUAGGAAGGAAAAAAUCACCGGGGACGAACAAGCAGAUUGUUACUCCUGUCAAACGGAUAGAAAAUAAUUCGAUCGUCAAAGUUAUGGAUAAUGGCGCUAAAUGGACUCCUCUCUUAGUCGAGCAAAAGUCAACGAACGAACAGAAGGCCGAUUACGAAGAUGCAAUCAGAAUAGAGGGUGCUAUAACCGAGAAUCAUAUAUGCGGAGUAUGCGCACUCACAUUUAACAGUCGAAAGGAAGUAGAGGCGCAUGUUCGUACUCACAAGAUUAUGACAAGCGCUAAUGUUACACAAGUCGUAACAUUACAAAAUGAGAAUGCAGCAGCGACACUACCGCGACAAAAGCAGAAAAUGAUGCGUUGCAAGAGGUGUCACGAGAUAGUCGAGGCUCGUUUUGUCAAGUCGCAUAUCUGUAAAACAGCGACAGAGGUUCACAAGUGUUACGUCUGUAAUUCCAUGUUCCGGACAGAGAAGCUUCUCGUGCGGCACUUGGAAAGCCACGAUCAAUCGGAAUUCAACAUAGUAAAUGCGAUCGGGAAUAAGAAAUCUGGCACUGUCGACGUAUCGCAAACGACACAAUCCGCAAUACCGCAAGACGAUCAGGGUACUGAGACCGUAAUGAAAACGCAGAAUCUAUCAACCGAGAAGAAUAAUCAAUCUGAUAUCCAGUCCGACAAGGUAACCAGUACCGGAGUAAAACUCGAUAGCGCGGACAAUAUCGCAGAAAGGUAUAAGGAAACAUAUACCUGUUUUGUAUGCGAUAAAAUAUUCACGGACGAAGAAGUGUUGAAGGAUCAUUUGCAGAAACAUUGCGAUGAUCUGAGCGAAGGGGAGCAGAGCAACAGCAAAGAACAAUUCCAGUGUGCUAUUUGCGGCGACACACUGGAAUCGGAUCAAGCAUUAGAAGAGCACGUUGGUAAACAUUUAUUCGACGAUGAAGACGACAAUCCCAAUUUGAUUAGCAUAAAUCAGGAUAACAAGAGCAAUAAAACGAAAGAAGUAGAAUCCUACUGCUGUGGUCAGUGCUCAGAAGCGUUCGAUUCGGAAAUGUCAUUGGAGAUACAUAUGCAGGAACACGCAGAAGAAGUUGCGAUAGCGGAAUGGGAGAAGCAAGGAAUGAGAGUCAUCAAUCAAUAUCAGUGUAUGCUUUGCGACGAAUUGUUUGAUGUGGAAGAUGACCUGGCGGAACAUUUAGACAUACACAACGCAAAUGCUCAUGUAUGUCAGUUAUGUGACAAGCCAUUUCGCACGUUGGAGGACUUGCAGGAGCAUGUGGCAACCCAUUGAUGUACAGUUUUAUUAUAAAUUUUCUCAUGUAAGAAUAAUAACAAUAUUUAGGAUAUUGUAACAUAUUUUUUUGACGACAAAAAUUAGCUACAAAGAUUGGUGUAAUUGUAUGUAGUUAUAACAAACAUUAUUAUAAACAAUUAUAAUUUACAUAGUUAUCAUAAGAUCUGCCAAUAAUAUACAUGUAAAUUAUUUUCUAUAGUAGUAUAGCCGUACGUUUAAUCAUAAAGUUUGGCAAUUUUAGUUUAUCUUUAUUUACAUAACGUGUGUU